CGAUAAAACCCCACCGAAGUAGAAGAAGUAUUCGCCGAUGCCGAAUUUCUGCCACCGAAAGUCUGAGAUCCAUACUGAAGUAGUACGUAUCAUCUGAGAGACCAGCGCAGAGAUGUCUUUCGCACGUGAUAAGCUGUCUUUGCACCUGCGCAACAGAAUGAAGGUGUUUAUCGAAAGAGUGAAAGCCACAGAGCUCAUGGCCAACCUCCCCUGCCUUACACAGUCUGACAGGGAGGAGAUCCAGGCCGUGAGGAAUUGUGUCGGUAACUCAGCUGCAAUGCAGAUCCUGCUGGACUAUGUACAGAAGAGAAUGAACUGGCCAGAAGAGUUGAUAUCAGCUCUGGAGGUGGUGGAGCAUCAGGAUCUGGCUGAUGAACUGAGGGCAGAGUGGACCAAGCACAACCAGACCAAUCCUUCUCCUGCUGCUCCUCCUACCAGCCCAUCGCUGCCCAUCUCAGAGAGCUCUGAUGACCCUACAUCUUCUAUGGUCCUCCCAGCUCGGCCAGCACCACCUUCAGAGUCACUCAGCCCUGAGAUUGCUGCCUGUCCGGAGGAUGGUGGCCAGCCAGUAGUCCCCACAAUUUCAGUUGCUGAGGCCCCCAUCGCUGGUGCCUCCCCAGAGCCAGUUCCACAGGCUCUCGAAGCAGCAGUAAAACCUGUCACAGCCACCCAGGCAGCACCUUUGCCUGUCUCAGUGAAAGUGGAGCCCACAGUGGUCUCUGAACCACAGCCUCCACUCUCUCACUCUGAUAACGCUGCCUCCUCUCAGCCUGGUCCUGUAGCAACGGGAUCUCUGGAGGAUAACCCAUCUCAUAUAGUCCUGUCUGAAACCACUCUCACCUUGCCGGUGUCAGACCUAAACCCAGCCUCUGCCUCGGUCCAGGCCCCUGAGAAAGGUCCGGUUCAGGACGCCACUCCCACCUCUGCUGCCUCUGCCUCGGUCCAGGCCCUUGAGAAAGGUCCGGUUCAGGACGCCACGCCCACCGCUGCUGCCUCUGCCUCGGUCCAGGCCCCUGAGAAACGUCCGGUUCAGGACGCCACUCCCACCUCUGCUGUCCCUGCCUCGGUCCAGGCCCCUGAGAAACGUCCGGUUCAGGACGCCACUCCACCAACAGCCAAAGUGAUCUCCUUCCACCAGAGGCCAGUAGAGGACUCUGAUCCAACUGCAACUCAGGUGACUGCAGACGACCAGCACGCCGAGCCGCCUCAGAGCCCCCCCGAGAGCCAUCAGUUCUCCCCGGUCACGACACCAGCCUCGUCCCCGGUGCAUACCUCCGUGGAUGAGGAUAACUGGGAGCUCAGCAAGCCUGACGUUCUCCUCAGUGAGAACCAGCCAUACUCAGGAGGCUCAUGGCUUCUGCAGAUGGAUAGCCGGUCAGUGUUGGACCCAGAGCCGGCUCCUGUGACGAGUCCUGCUCCUGUGACCUGUCCUGCUCCUGUGACCUGUCCUGCUGCUGUGACGAGUCCUGCUGCCGUGACCUGUUCUGCUUCUGUGACCUGUCCUGCUCCUGUGACCUGUCCUGCUCCUGUGACCUGUCCUGCUUCUGUGACCUGUCCUGCUGCUGUGACGAGUCCUGCUGCUGUGACCUGUCCUGCUCCUGUGACCUGUCCUGCUGCUGUGACCUGUCCUGCUGUGGUCCCAGACCACUUGUCUAGUGUUCCAGGCCCUCUGACUAGUGUAACGCCUCUGCCAUGUCAGGAGCAUGAGGAACACGUGUCCCGUAACGAGCCUGAGGAGGACACGUACCAGGAGGUGCUGAUCAAUGUAAUUCAUGUGUCUGAGGACGCGUACAUCCAGAAUCAGGAAGGCCAAACACAGAGCAUGCUGGGUAAUAAGGAUGCAGGUGUGUCUGAAACCCUCCCACCAGUUCAGAACCACAACAGCCGAUCGCAGAUCACACCUCUCUCUGGAUCUACAGAACUUGACCUGUCGUCUGGUCCGAACCGGCACGACCAAGCUGAGGACAGUCUGGGGAAAGCAGUUAGUAAGUCUGACGACUCUCGGGAUCUGAUUAUGAUCGUCAACGGCCAAGCCUCCAGCCCCUCAACCAAACAUCCUGAUCCUCCACCUCCAGCCACUUCUCCUUCUGUCACCAUCGUCAACGGCCAAGCCGCCAGCCCCUCAACCAAACAUCCUGAUCCUCCACCUCCAGCCACUUCUCCUUCUGUCACCAUCGUUAACGGCCAAGCCGCCAGCCCCUCAACCAAACAUCCUCCACCUCCAGCCACUUCUCCUUCUGUCACCAUCGUCAACGGCUCCUCCACUGAUAACUGUCCUCUCCCGGAGGCUGUGGAGGCAGAGGUCAUGCUCAAGGCCAUGAUGGCUAGCGUUGUCCCUGAGCUGAAGCAGAAACAGGAGGGGGAGGGAGCCAGAAGAGGAGGGGGAUGCCACUUCCUGGGGGAUACCACUUCCUGGGGGAUACCACUUCCUGGGGGAUACCACUUCCUGGGGGCUGCUGUCCUGGGUGUCUCGGCCCUGUUCGUAGCCUGGAGAAGGAAGAAUUAAGGGUUUUGGGAAAAGAAGGAUGUUGUGUCUGAAGUUAGUCUGUCUGUGAUUCUAUCUCCUUGCCUCCUGCCUUAUUGGAAGAGAGGUCCCUCUCCUCUGAUUUUCUUCUGCAAUGAGAUUUGAGAAGGUGAGGAGAGAGGAUGUGCAAAUCAAAGAGAGAUUAAUGGAGAAAUAGCUGAAUUGCUGUGAAAAGAAGGGACGAUUGUGGUUCAAGAUUUUAUUGGCCCAGUGCUUUAUUGUGUUGUUAGUAAUGAAGGUGCUGAAAUUAAGUAUUUAUAGGUGACCGAUAGCAGCACUUAUCCAAGACUUUGAUCGACAGUCUAAAUCAAAUGAAAGUUUAUUUGUCACAUGCACUGAAUACAACAGGUGUAGUAGACCUUACAGUGAAAUGCAGAAUACAACAGGUGUAGUAGACCUUACAGUGAAAUGCUGAAUACAACAGGUGUAGUAGACCUUACAGUGAAAUGCUGAAUAUAACAGGCGUAGUAGACCUCACAGUGAAAUGCUGAAUACAACAGGUGUAGUAGACCUUACAGUGAAAUGCUGAAUACAACAGGUGUAGUAGACCUUACAGUGAAAUGCUGAAUACAACAGGUGUAGUAGACCUUACAGUGAAAUGCUGAAUACAACAGGUGUAGUAGACCUUACAGUGAAAUGCUGAAUAUAACAGGUGUAGUAGACCUCACAGUGAAAUGCUGAAUACAACAGGUGUAGUAGACCUUACAGUGAAAUGCUGAAUACAACAGGUGUAGUAGACCUUACAGUGAAAUGCUGAAUACAACAGGUGUAGUAGACCUUACAGUGAAAUGCUGAAUACAACAGGUAUAGUAGACCUUACAGUGAAAUGCUGAAUACAACAGGUGUAGGAGACCUUACAGUGAAAUGCUGAAUACAACAGGUGUAGUAGACCUUACAGUGAAAUGCUGAAUACAACAGGUGUAGACACAAAUGAACUAAUAGGACUAUGAUUCAUCUGUUCAGGAAACCUACCCAUACUAGUGUGUAUUGUGCACUCCUAAAGAACAAGUUCACUAGGAUUUCUAGUCCUACAAUUCUUAAAUGUAUGUUCACUAGGAUGUUUACUGUAAAUAUAUGUUCACUUGACGAUACAUACCAACUUUGACUAGGCCAUUCCAAAACUUCAAAUUUGUUGCUUUCUUAGACAUUUUCAUGUAGACUUUGUCAUGAAUUUGGCCUGAGGGGGAGGUUUAUGACCCCCAUAAAUACCUUUUUCCUCUCUCUACUCUACCGAUGUGACUAUUGAAAAUCCAUUUAGUUAACGUAGAGAGUCUGGUGACAUCAGAAGGUGGGAAACGGAACCAUAUUUCGGUAAUCCAACCAGUUGAAUAUGAAUAUAUAUCAUAUAUAUGAAUAUGAUGUCAGUUCAGUUGACGUCUGAGACAUGAUUACUGAUGAUAGGACGAAAUAAACUGUAUCUUGGAAAGUCUACACAUUCUAGUUAUCAGAUUCACAUGGAAUUGUUGUGCAAUUGUUGUGCAAUAUGAAACUAUUUGUGAGAAGAUGAAAGAACGGUUUGUCAGAAGAACACCACUCUGCUCACUCAGAGGCCCCGCCCAUGUGAACAGACCUGGGUUGUAAAACUAUGACACACAGCCCUCUCUCCCAAUCCUAUAUAAACCCCUUGACGAAAAUUUUACUUUCUAGUCCGAGGACGUUAGGGCGACGGUCCUACGUUAAAAGGGCUCAGAUAACAACCUGUUCCAAGGACGUGAGGACUUACCAUCCCCACGUUGAAAGGACAAACACCACCUACAGAACUAAGCCAACCUCAGCAAGAACCUAACGCAAUUAGCAUUUGGCAUCAAAUUUCAAUGUGAAGGUGAUGACCUACACGCCGAACGGAUGCUUUUCGACUAUACCGGCCAGAAUAUAGCAUGAGCUUAAAAGUAUGGCAACUUGGUAUGAACUUUGAACUCUUAUUCACUCCAGAAGUGAUACCUCCUAGCCGUUGAGUUAGCAGCAGUCGCUAAAUGCUGGCUAGGAGAGGACGGACAGAGUAUCCAUUCUACCACGCUCCAUGUUCACCAAGAGACAUUCUUCAAAGGACAAACCAGCCUUCCAUUGACGACCAAUCUACCGAAGCGCAGCUCAGAAUAAAUAUUUAUUGCAUUCUCCUUUUUCAAAUGGGUGGUCAUUUAGAAUGCAUAAGAUAUUGUAUUUACGACAGAGACAUCGCUUCUCCUUUUGUUCCUCAGUCUUCCCGCUCUUUCACUCAAACCCAGACCGUUUUCUUUGUGUAACCAGCCUCUAUAUCGGCUCUGUUCACCAGGUCCAUCAAUGUAUGAUUCAUUCUGUGUAUAUGUAAUUCUGUGUGAUUAGUAAGAUAUUUUUUGGACGUGUAAGAUAUCUGAAAGUUGUAAAUUCUUGGUUGAGACUAAAUAAAGUGAGGAUUAAAUAUUGA